AUGUAACCCAAUCAUAAAAUUACUCCCAACAAUCCAUUUUACACAGACACUUAUCCUUAGACCAUCUUAGUGAAGGAUAGGUAAUAACCUCCCAAAACCCGCUAUGACAGGUAAUCAACCCAUCAUAAGAGGCAAAGGUAAACAUGA